UCAAUCGGUUGUCGUUCGUUAAAUGAAAUAUUUUCAAUUUUAUGAUAACAACAAACUGAUUCAGAUUAAAAAGUAACUUAAUAAUAAUGAAAAGGAAUCUCACACGAACGAAAGUAAACUCAAAACUUGAAACAAUUAAUAAAUUUGAGUAAACAUAGUCAAUGUCGGUGUUUUUAUUGUGAAAAUAAUGAAAUUUUUAGAAAGUAGAAGAAAAAUGACUUACUUUGAUGAGUAGCUGUACAUUUGAAAGUUUCGUUAAUUUCCUGAGAUUAAAUUUUUUCUUAAUAUUUCAUUGAAGUAUCAACUUUAGCCAGUUAUAAUGUCCUCUAGAGUAAUGACUGGCCAUGAUUGUAAAAAUUACCUCCAGCAAAUCUACAAAGUUAAUGUUGCUCAAGUUCAUACCAAAAUUAUAACUGGAGAUUUAAAACGAACUCACAAAAACUAUAUAAUUAAAGAUCCAGAUUACAAGUUAGCCAUUGUUAGUUUACCACAUGGACAAGUUUUUAAGUUUCCUGAUCUUUUUCCUAAAGAAAAGCAAGAGAAAAAAGAUAAAGAUCAACAACGUUUAAUGGAUCAAGCUGAAGGCCUCGUGAAACAACGUGAAAGAAAUUCAGAUCGUAUGGAUGUACCUUCAUGGUUUUAAAUUAUAGUUAUUUUUAUAAUAAUUUCUUUGUGUGUAUGUAUAAUUACAGAGAAGAAUGGUGUUAAAUUGUACUAGAUUUGUUUAAAUAAAAUAGUUUUUAAUCAA